GGCAGCGGAGCGGGAGCAGAGGCGUGAGGGCUCAAGGGGCCCGCCGAGCCGCCCGCACCCAUGGUGCCCACCGCCUUCUGGGCCGCGCUGGCCGUCGGACUGCAGCUCUGGGCCGCAGGGCGCGCCGUGCCCACCCAGGCUGUGUUUAUCCCCUAUGUCCCGGAGCCCGGAAGCUCGUGCCGGCUGCAAGAAUACUACGACACAAAGGUCCAGAUGUGCUGCAGCAAGUGUCCACCAGGCUACCGCGUACAGUCCUUAUGCAACAAGACCUCAGACACCGUGUGUCACUCCUGCGAGAGCAGCACGUACACCCAGCUCUGGAACUUGGUCCCCGCGUGCUUCAGCUGUAACUCCCGCUGCAGCUCUGACCAGUUGGAAACUCAAGCCUGCACAACAAAACAGAACCGCAUCUGCACCUGCAAGCCGGGCUGGUACUGCACCCUGGGAAGGCAGGAGGGGUGCCGGCUGUGCGUGCCACUGCGCAAAUGCGGCCCUGGCUUCGGCGUGGCCAAACCGGGAACUGCAACAUCAAAUGUGGCGUGCGCUCCCUGUGCCCCAGGGACGUUCUCCGACACAACAUCAUCCAUGGAUACUUGCAGGCCCCACCGGAUCUGUAGCUCGGUGGCCAUCCGUGGCACCUCAGAGAUGGAUGCAGUCUGCACAUCUGUGCUCCCCACCCUGAAAGCGGCCCCAGGCCCAGCCCUCACAAGAUCCCAACCCAUGGAGCCGACUCCAGGGUCCAGCACAGCUCCAAGCACCUCCGGCCGGCUCCCGAUGGCCCCAGGUCCUCCAAGUUACCCAGUUGAAGGGCGCAACACAGCGAACAUCUCUCUUCCCAUCGGGCUGAUCGUGGGUGUGACGGCGUUGGGUCUGCUAAUAAUAGUCCUGGUGAACUGUGUCAUCAUGACCCAGAAAAAAAAGAAGCCCUUCUGCCUGCACGGAGACGCCAAGGUGCCGCAUCUGCCAGCUGACAAGGCCCGAAGCGCCCCAGGUCCCGAGCAGCAGCAUCUGCUGACCACGGCGCCAAGCUCCAGCAGCAGUUCCCUGGAGAGCUCGGCCAGCGCCGCGGACAGGAGGGCGCCCACCAGGCCCCAGCUGCAGGCGCCGGGCGCGGAGAAGGCCCCGGCCAGCUGCGGCAGCUCAGCAGAGGCAUCGUCUGGUGGCCAUGGGACCCAGGUCAAUGUCACCUGCAUCGUCAACGUUUGCAGCAGCUCUGACCACAGCUCUCAAUGCCCCUCCCAGGCCAGCUCCACGAGGGACACAGACACCAGCGCCUCUGGCUCCCCGAAAGAUGAGCAGGUCCCCUUCUCCAAGGAGGAAUGCCCCUUCCAGUCCCAGCCGGGGGCUCCAGAGACUCUGCUGCAGAGCCCAGAGGAGAAGCCCCUGCCCCUCGGGGUACCUGAUGCCGGGAUGAAGCCCAGCUAACCAGUCUGGCGUGGGCAGUGUCACAGCCAAGGUGGGACCAACCCCUGGUCCUUCUAGGCCCCUCCCCUGCAGGACUCUGACUCUUUCUGGGCCAAAUUCCUUUAGCGGCUUCCACGGCCUCAGCCUUCCUCUCACCUGCAGGCAGAAGAACAAGGCAGGGAGAGUCAUGGUGUGUCCUGUCACGGUGUGCGUCUCUCUUGGAAGGCCGGUGGACACGGAUGUGCUGGGCAGCCUGGAACAAAUCCCCUGCCUCUCGGAGAGCUGCCCCCUCCAGCCGGUCCUGCAUGCUUGGUUCCUGGAGCCCUUGUCAUUUUUGGUUUUUAUUUUUCUUUUAAUCCCUGGGCUCUUCCCGGCUCUGGCUUCCUGCUGGGGAGGAGGGACGCUGCAUGCAUCAUCCUUGGAGAAGGGGCGGUGGGGAAAGAGCAGGGCUUUAGCCUGAAUGUGAGACUGCAGGAUGGUCCCAGUGGGGGUAGUAGGGGUGGGUGUCAUCAGUCAGAUGGUUCUGUGCAAGGAGCAGGUGGCAACCCCUGUAGGGGACAGGAGUCCCCCAGGUUAGCUCAGGACUUUCGGAAGCACCACCUCCAAAUCCAUUCCUGCUAGCUCCAUCUCGUACCAUGGGGUGAAAACCAGAUGCCCAGAGCGCCCAGGCAGGCAGCCUGAAUGAGGGCUGUGACCUGGUUAAGAUGGCAAACCUCUAACCGGAAAUCUUCCAGUUUUAACAUGUGGCAAUUAAAAACAAAAACAAAAACAAAAACCCAUUAGCUACCAUGCAGAUAAACAAGCCAACAGUGUAACAAAGCCAGACUCAGAGUUUGUAUCCUCUGCCUUUGACCUUCACUCCCAUUUACCCCCAGUUUGAGCUUCCCCUCCCCCACUGUCUGGUGUGGGGCUCCAAGGCCACACCUUUUCCUAUCAGGGAAUUUCAGGAACAGGAGAUGACUGAGGCCCUGCAGCCGUCUCCUCCUACCUCAGCCUGGACCUUCCUCCUUUGCCUCCCAAGGGGGUGCUCCUGUUUCUCCCGACCCCCUCCCACUGUUCUUGGAGUCCCAGGUCCCCAUGGAGCCUCGGAGCCACUUUGGUACUGUGCCCACUGAGAUCCUGAGUGAUCGUGAGACGCUGAGAGCCAGUCCUGUGUCUGCAUGUCUGUGUUGUGUGUUGUGGUUCUGUGUAGCCCAUGUCAGAUCAAACGGCCUGCCAGAAGCAGCCGAAGCUGACACUUUUGCCGAGGGAUUCUUCCUCAUUCAGGAGUCAGCCCACUCCCCCCAAGCGCAUGCCCAGGCCCUGUAGACAGUGGACAAGUGUGGCCUUAACCGGAUUCUGGAAGGAAGGGGGUGGGGGCCUCCUUGAGAAGACUGUUGGGUCCCUGACAUUUGGAUCCCUUGUUGAAAAAUUCCACUGGACUUGAACUUGGCAGCUGAACUUCUGGAGGAUAGGAGAAGCCCAGCCACUACCAUGGAGAGAAGAAAGGCUUCCCACUCUGGAAUCAAGACGUCCCUCUCCCUGGACUAGCCAGGGUCUCCAACCACAUUGGACCCUUUAUGGCCGUGGAGCACUUCUGCCCCCUGGUGGACUGUCCUGGGAGGACCUCAGGCCUCAUUGUCAUCACCCCAGCAGAACAGGGAUGAAUUGGAAGGAGACUCUUUCCGGGUGUGGCCUCAUUUUGUUAACAGAAUUGCCACCAGACCCUUGGUCAAAAUCCACCAACACCUUCCUUGAACAGGAACUAACAUACACCUUUAAGUCGCAGGGUCUGGACACAAAGAAGCUAUAGGAAGAGGGAAACAAAAACUGGAUAGGACCCGCUGAAACCAAGAUGGCGAUGAAUCUGACCUCUAGUAGACCCUGAGUCUCAUUCUACACUGAUUUUACUACAUUAGCUACUAAAUGACACACCUACAAUGGCUGUGACCGGAAGUCACUGACCAAAAAAGGACAGAAAAGGGAUGGCAUCCCAUUUCUAGGAAAACCCUGCCUCUUUCCCAGAAAAGUAAUGCAUUUGCCUCCCCAUCGUUCAUCUCACUCUAACCCCCAUUGUCCUUACUCCUUAAAAGCAAAUCCCUCUCACCAUUAAGGCGAGAAGUGCAUUUAUGAACUAAGUUCCUGCUUCUCCAUUCCCUGGCCGUUGAAUAAAUCUCACACUGCUCUAAUCUCAGCUUCGGUUUUGUUUUUGGCUGUGCGAACCCAAAUGGAAAAAGAACCUUCUCUGCCAAGGCAGGGGGCCUCAGCCAGGCUAGGGCCCAAGUGGGGGGUCCAUUCGACCUAAUUUGGUAACAAUUUUCCAGCUUGUGGGCUUGUGUUGAUCCCAAGACAAGGAAAGUUUGCACUGUAUGUAUCCCAGACAGCAUUCCUGCUUAUAAAUAAACGUUUCAUUUGUUUUACA